GGCCAUUGGCAAUGAGACUGGGCUGUGGACAGAUGUGUGGUUCUGGCUGUUGGCCUCUCCUCUCUGCGCUUUCAGUCGGAAUUCUUUCUGAUACAAUAAUAAUGUCAUCGCAAACCUGAGGAACCGGUUUGGGAGGCAACUGAGCCUUUGCCACGUCCACAUAUAGUCUGAGAAGCCAAACAGGUUAGUGUUUGGGCUGAACAUGGCUUCGGGACUCCAGGCUGAGUGCUGGACCGAGGAGCUAAACUGUGCCAUUUGUCUGGAGUUCUUCACUGAUCCUGUUAGUCUGGACUGCGGCCACAACUUCUGUCGCUCCUGUGUCGCCGGGAGCUGGGAAAAGCAGGAGAAAAACUCCUGUCCAGUAUGUCACCAAGUUACUGUGGAGAGGAACCUCCAGGUCAAUUGGGCUCUGUCCAAAAUGGUGGAGAAAGCUCGUGAAUUCACUCUGGACCCGACACAGGCGGCAGUUAAACGUCAGUGUGAGAAACACCGGGAGGACCUGAAGCUGUUCUGUGAAGAUGACAAGAAAUUGAUCUGUUCCAUUUGCAGAGAUGCGAAAGAGCACAGAGGUCACAGCUUUCUGCCCAUUGACGAAGCUGCUGAAAUCUACAAGGAUCAAGUGAAGUCCUCCAUAGCUUCUCUCACACAGAGGAAGGAAACUGCUCUACAAACUGAAGCCAAACAGAGAGAAAAGAUUUCACAAGUUAAGGAACAGGUGAACAGUCUGCAGACCCACGUUACGGGUGAGUUUGCUAAAAUGCACCAGAGUCUGACGGACAGUGAGCAGCGUGUGAUGCGAGAUCUCAGACAACGAGAGGAGGAGAUUGUAAAGCGAAUGGAGACAAAUCUGCGAGAGAUUCAAUGCAAAUUAGAUUCUGUUGAACAACAACUCUCCGAGUUACAGACACAGAUGGGAAAAGACGCUUUCACCUUCGUACAGGAGGAAGCUGCUGUCAAAAGAAGGGUCAGUGACGAGGUGUUUGAUCUGUCAGUGUGUGAGGAUGAGCUGCCUGUGGCCAAGUACAAAUGGCCUUUGAAGAACACAGUAUGGAGACAGAUUAUAGACAACAUCAGCCCAGGUAAAUGUCUCCCAUUCUCACCCUGAACCCGUGUCAAUAGACUUGUAUUCACAUGGUUCCCAACACAUACCCUCCACACACUCCCUCACACAAACACAUACCGACUCCUCACUCACAUUUGCACAUAAUCGCAACACCCUCACAGACACCCGCACACAACUCACACACACACGCUUUGC